GGCGUCAAGAUGAAUGACACAGUAACAGUCAGGACCCGCAAGUUCAUGACGAACCGGCUGCUUCAGAGGAAGCAAAUGGUCGUUGAUGUCCUGCAUCCCGGCAAGGCCACAGUCCCCAAGACUGAAAUCAGGGAGAAACUUGCCAAGAUGUACAAGACCACCCCUGAUGUUGUGUUCGUGUUCGGCUUCAGGACUCAGUUUGGUGGCGGCAAGACAACAGGCUUUGCCAUGGUGUACGACUCCCUAGACUACGCUAAGAAGAAUGAGCCCAAACACAGACUGGCCAGGCAUGGUCUCUAUGAGAAAAAGAAGUCCUCAAGGAAACAGCGCAAGGAACGCAAGAACAGAAUGAAGAAAGUACGAGGCAUCAAGAAGGCCAGUGUGGGCGCUGCUGGCAAAAAGAAAUGAAGUGUCAGUGUGCAGUGAUCCCGGACAGCCAGGCUUGGUCUCCAUGCUCAAGAUGUUCUUGUAUAUUGUCAUCAAAUAAACUUUGGAAAAAAUUGAAAAAAAA